UCGGUUCGCUGAGCCUGGGGGAGCUGGAGUCCUGCAAAGAAGUGUAAAACCUCAAGGUCCUCAAAAGUGUCAGGAAUGAUCCUGCUGUAAAGUCUUUGGAAAGGAUUUUUCCAAGGACAGCUAUGGAGAUGAUUGAUGUAAAAGCCUGGGCAGAGUAUGUUGUGGAGUGGGCUGCAAAGGAUCCAUAUGGCUUCCUUACUACAAUGAUUUUGGCUCUGACUCCACUUUUUCUAGCAAGUGCAGUACUGUCUUGGAAACUGGCAAAAAUGAUUGAGGCCAGAGAAAAGGAGCAGAAGAAGAAACAGAGACGUCAAGAAAACAUUGCAAAAGCCAAACGGCUAAAGAAAGAUUGAGAGAAAAAUCAGGUUAAGAAGAAAACCCUUCUCAGUGAAAGAGUCUACAGUUAGAGAAAAAUCAUUCAACAUAUGCAGUUUUCAAAGAAACACUAGGGUGCUUUUGUUGUAUUUUAUAAUAGUGUUAUCUUAUCCAACUAAAUUUGGCCAUGUGAGAAAAUUUAAACUCUAACCUCAAUGCUUUAACUAGUAAUUUUUUCAGCUUGGGUACAGAAGUUUGUUGGUGCCUGUCAGCUACUAUAAAUGAACAUUUAUACUGCAAAUUCUUUAUAACUCAAGUUUGCCAUUGCUUUUUGGUAGCCCAUGCUCUUAAGUGAAUCUUAUGUUAGAAAUGAAAAUGAUUUAAGAAUAUGAAUGAUCAUCUCAUAACACCUUAAGCUUGGGAUCCUGUUUGUGGACAAAGAUUUGGAAUAUUGAAAAUCAAUUUUUUUUUCUCUUUUAGGGGGAUGAGAAAUAUAUUCUUCAGUUAUUUUUUUAGACCAUUGUUUUUUGUGACCCUUCGAUAGAUUUAUGAUUCAUUGGGGUGCGUACUUGCUCUACCAGUACAAUUUAUAUCCCUUGCAUGUUUUCCUCAUCCUCUGCAAUGGUUGUUGAUGUCAUUCCAUAUUUCUUUGAGAGGAGCCACCCAGUGGGUGUCUUCCUCUAGUUCUUUUAAUAUUGGUGCUUGGGCUAUCUGUCUUGUCUCAUUCUCACUCUUAAACUAGCCUACCUCCUUUUCUGAUUAUGCAUGUCCUUAUGAUAUACUUUAUGCUACCAUACAGCUCUUAUUCACAAUUGUUUCCUUAAUAUGGAAUCAUUUUUGAGAGCAAAAGCAAAUCUUGAUCAUUUUUGCAUUGUUAAUGUCAGCUACACUUGAAAGAUUCUGGCAAUGUGAUUGUAAGACAUUUCAUAUUUGAUUAAUUUUAAUACACUAUAGAAUUG